GCUAUCAGGAGUAGACGCAAACAAGACCACCAUGGACAUUUUAGAGAGGGUACAGCACUACGAUUGGGAUGAAAAGGUGGUGCUUGCCUUGGCAUCUUUUGCAAUCAAAGAUGGUGAAUUUUGGCUUGUGGCUCAGCUUUUCACCAGCAACCCACUGGCCAAAGCCAUUGGACAACUGAAGCAAAUGCAAGAGAUACUAGAACGAUCAGGGACUAGUUUGAAAGCAAAGUUUGAGGUGUACAACAAUCUGGUUAAUGCCGUGCUGAAGGUGACCCGAAUCAUUGUUCACUUGCAGGACAUUUACCACGACCCACACUUAGCCACUGAAAUCAAAGCCACAACUCCCACUAAUCAUAUCCCCAGUGCUGUUUACUGGACUAUCCGGAGUAUAGUCAUUCUUGCAUCACAGCUUUUAGGGAUCACCGGCUCUGAUCCGGAGUACGUAACAGAGGCAUGGGAACUAUCAUCCUUGGCACACAAGCUCGAAAGCAUAUACAAACAUCUUGAGGAUAACCUAAACAGACUCCAUGAACUCACUCGGAAGUACAGAGAUGAAGAAGCAUUCGCUGCAAUUGAACGCAUCUUAGAGUCACCACAUAUUGAUAACAGCAAGCCAUUGAGGGUUUUGUUUUACAAGGAUGACCAACCUGCACUCUUUGAUGGCUACAACAAGAAGAGGGUGGACAUUGAUGUGCUGAGGAGGAAGGUGGUGAUACUGAUGAUUUCAGACCUGGACAUCGGCCAGGAAAAUGAGUACAUAAUUGCUCAUCAAAUGUACUCGGAGAAACGCCAGUUCCCAACAAGGGCGGAGAGCCAGUAUGAGAUUGUCUGGGUUCCAAUUGUGGACAACUGGACUGAAGCUAAGCUGCUUCAGUUUGAGGAGAUUAGAAAUGGCAUGGAAUGGUACAGUGUGUACCACCCUUCGUUUGUGUCUCCGAUUGUGGUGAAGUACAUUAAGGACAAGAGGAAAUGGAACUUUGUGAAGAAGCCUCUGCUUGUGGUGAUGGACCCUCAAGGCAAAAUAGUGCACACCAAUGCUGUUCACAUGAUGUGUGUUUUCGGAAGCGCAGCAUACCCAUUCACAAGCAACAGAGAGAGAUUGCUCUGGGAAGAAGAGACCUGGAGGAUUGAGCUUUUGGCAGAUGCUAUUGAUCAAACCUUACUUAACUGGAUUGCAGAAAGGAAGUACAUUUGCUUGUAUGGAGGGGAAGACAUUAACUGGAUCCGAAACUUCACAAGGACUGCAAAAAAUGUGGCCUUGGAAGCUGGUAUCCAGUUAGAGUUGCUCUAUCUUGGCAAAAGCAAGCAGAAGGAGCGAGUGGUCAAAGACAUCAUCCGCGUCAUUAAGGAGGAGAAGCUGAGCCACACCAUCGACUCGAACCUCAUUUGGUUCUUCUGGGUUCGUCUUGAGAGCAUGUGGCAGUCCAAAGGACAGCUUAUGAGUGAGCUCUCCAAGGCUAACUUCACAGACCAUAACAUAAAAAACGACAUCAUAAUGCAGGGGAUCGUGUCCCUGCUGAGCUUCGGUUCUACGGACCGAGGGUGGGCACUGAUCGCGCUUCCUUCAUCAGAAAUGGCUAAAGCUAAUGGGGAGCACAUGUCAAAGAGCUUGAACGACUUCAAGAUUUGGAAACCUAAGCACGAUGAGGUAGGGUUUACACCUGCACUAAACGAAUAUCUUACUGGGGUAUACAGGGACGCCCCACAUCACUGCACCAAUCUCAUACUGCCUGCAACCGGCAUCAUGCCUGAGACUGUGUCCUGCUCAGAAUGUGGUCGUAUCAUGGAGAGGUAUGCCAUGUUCCGCUGCUGCACUGACUGAGGUAGAUCAACAACAACACCAGCCACGAUUCAUUGCAAAGAUGCAUUGCUUUGAAAUUUAUCAUAAACUAGCAGCUGUCACAGCUUCUACUAUACUACUAUGCCAAUAAAUUAGACAUCUGAAGGUCCUUAUCUCUUUUGGUAAAGGAGCCUAGGUCUGUUGUGUGUGUUUUUUGCUUCUUGUUACAAUUCCAUAUUUACAUGGAUAUAUUACGAUUAAAUAAAAUUUCAGUAUUCGUUUUCCUUCUAGAUAAUAUGAAUCACCGUUUUGUUAUCGAAUGUUCUAUCAUGGCUCUCUGUUCUUUUAUCAUUACUGGUCGUUUAGAUUGACAAUGCGAUAUUGCCAUUGAUUUCAUUACAGAACAUGUCUGUUUAAUUAAAUCUGAACAUGUCCUAGUCCACUUCCAUACGGUUGCAAAGAGUUGUUUUAAAUCUUUUAAAAGUA